AUGGCGGCUCACAAGCACAUGAACGUGGGUCGCCAGGCUACUCAAGCGGACGGACCAUUCGACCACAUCUGUACCUCGGCGUUUGCCGCCAUGACCUCGGGGAGAUGUGCUUGGCUCGUAGUUGCUCUGCUCUUCAUUGCUCCAGCGGACACGUGCCCAUCCGUUUGCCGGUGCGAUGCAGACAGUGAACUCGUCUACUGCAAUGACAAGAACUUGACUUCGGUUCCGAGUGGAAUACCUGAGAACACGCACGUGCUGUAUCUCCAAGAUAACCUGAUUACUGCGGCUGGGAUUCCUCUUGCGGUAAAGAAUUUGACUAAUUUGAAAUUGCUAUAUUUGUACGGAAAUCGACUAGAGUCCUUCCCAAUAAAUCUACCAACAGGUCUACUAGAACUACAUCUGCAGAUGAACAAAUUACAUAGAAUAUCCAGAGAGGCUCUUUCACAGAUUCGUCUGCUGGAAAAGCUUCACCUUGAUGACAAUGAUCUUGCUACGAGUGAGAUUGAGCAAGGUGCUUGAGAAUUAAGUUAUAUUAAAGGUUUGUAUUUCUCCUCUAAUCAAUUGUUGUCUGUGCCUUAUGACCUCCCGAAAAGUUUGGAAGAACUACAACUGGAAAGCAAUCGAAUCACAACAAUAUUGGAAGAUACUUUUGAAGGAAUGGUGAACCUAAAGCAUUUAAAUCUGGACUGGAAUGCAUUAACGAGUGAAGGUAUUCAUGAUAGUUCAUUUGCCGACCUUACAGAGCUGGAAGAACUGUCGUUAGCAAACAAUUUACUAACUUCACCACCAAGAAUUUUGCCAGGAACGAAUUUGCAAAAACUGCAUUUGCAACAUAACAACAUCACAACAAUUCCAUCAAACUCAUUUUUGUCUUUACAUAACCUUGUUUACCUUGAUUUAUCAGAAAACCACAUAAAGAGUUUGCCCGUUGAAGCCUUUAGUGGACUGAACAACCUGAAACAACUCACACUUCAGAACAAUCCAUGGUUGUGUGACCGCAAGCUCCUGUUGCUCAAAGACUUCUUGGAAACAAGUACUGUGCAUGUGAAUGGAUUUAUUUGCAAUGAACCACACUACCUGAAAGGUGAAACUUACAAGGCAAUAAGACCUGAAAUGUUGAACUCUCGCAACGCCAAGCUGUCUACAUCUUUAAUGGACCAAACCAUUUUAGCUGACCAAGGUCUUCCCAUUCCAGUGGCUGGUCUCUUAGGAGGAAGCGUUGCCUCUGUGCUGGUGUUGGUGCUUCUCGGUGCUCUGUGCUGGUACUCGCACAAAACUGGCCGCUACUUUGUUACACGCAGGGCACCCGGAAGGCAUCCCGCUUGA